ACAAAUCAGAGCGUGAUGACUGCAGUAUUCAUUGGUUUUCCUAUAGCUGCCCUCCCUAUCGUUUGGUUCCUCUUUUUACCGUAUUAGAAUACUUGGAUAACAAAACUGCCCCGGGACUGCCUGGUUCCAUUUUCAAUGAACUAUAUAGGGUCGCUAUGAGUGGGAAUCGACUCGACGGCAGUGGGUUUUUUUUUUUGGUUUUGGAUGUAACUCCCCAAUUGAAACUGUUUUAAAUCCUUAAUAAGCCUCUCUACUUUAACUUGAAACAGCAUUCAAGUUUUUCUCUACGGCAAUUUUUGCCACAAUAAAACAAUGUAAAAAACAAAAAAGAGCCGACCCGUCUUAAGUCUGCGGACUCUCCGUAAAACGCUGUGGGGUUGAAGGAGGGGUCGGCCAAAGGGGCGAGGCUGGGAGCAGAAUCCCACUGCGCACGCGCACCUCCACCCGCGCAAAGCCGCCUAAUUCCGAAAUCUUACGUAAGUCUACGUUUAAAGACGUAGGGAAGGCGGCGAGGAAAACGCAGAUCUCGAAUCACGUGGUGCAGUGGGAGCGUCGUUGACUCCUCCCUUUCCAAGAUGGCGUCCUUGCUGCAAUCGGAGCGGGUUCUCUACCUAGUCCAGGGAGAAAAGAAGGUUCGGGCCCCGCUGUCGCAGCUUUACUUCUGUCGGUAUUGUAGCGAGCUGCGGUCGCUGGAAUGUGUGUCUCACGAGGUGGAUUCCCAUUAUUGUCCCAGUUGCUUAGAAAACAUGCCAUCAGCUGAAGCCAAACUGAAAAAGAAUAGAUGUGCCAACUGCUUUGACUGUCCUGGCUGCAUGCAUACCCUCUCCACCCGAGCAACAAGCAUCUCCACACAGCUCCCAGAUGACCCCGCUAAGACCACAAUGAAGAAAGCCUAUUAUCUGGCCUGUGGAUUUUGUCGCUGGACAUCUAGAGAUGUGGGCAUGGCAGACAAAUCUGUGGCUAGUGGCGGUUGGCAGGAACCUGAAAAUUCUCAUACACAAAGGAUGAACAAACUGAUUGAAUAUUACCAGCAGCUUGCCCAGAAAGAGAAAGUUGAGCGAGAUCGCAAGAAACUGGCACGACGUCGAAACUAUAUGCCUCUGGCUUUUUCGGACAAAUAUGGUCUUGGAACCAGGCUUCAACGACCACGAGCUGGUGCAUCCAUCAGUACCCUUGCCGGACUUUCCCUUAAAGAAGGAGAAGACCAAAAAGAGAUAAAGAUUGAGCCAGCUCAGGCUGUAGAUGAAGUGGAACCUCUCCCAGAAGACUAUUAUACAAGACCAGUAAAUUUAACAGAGGUGACUACUCUUCAGCAGCGCCUCUUACAGCCAGACUUCCAACCAAUCUGUGCUUCACAGCUCUAUCCUCGCCACAAGCAUCUUCUGAUAAAACGGUCCCUACGCUGCCGGAAAUGUGAACAUAAUUUGAGCAAGCCAGAAUUUAAUCCAACAUCUAUCAAAUUCAAAAUCCAACUGGUUGCUGUCAAUUAUAUCCCAGAAGUGAGAAUCAUGUCAAUUCCCAACCUUCGCUACAUGAAGGAGAGCCAGGUACUCCUGACUCUAACAAAUCCAGUGGAGAACCUCACCCAUGUGACUCUGUUGGAGUGUGAGAAGGGUGACCCUGAUAAUAUCAAUAGCACUGCUAAGGUGGUGGUGCCUCCCAAAGAGCUUGUUUUAGCUGGCAAGGACGCAGCAGCAGAAUAUGAUGAGUUGGCAGAACCCCAGGACUUUCAGGAUGACCCUGACAUUAUAGCCUUCAGAAAGGCCAACAAAGUGGGAAUUUUCAUCAAAGUUACCCCACAACGUGAGGAGGGCGAAGUGACCGUGUGCUUUAAGAUGAAACAUGAUUUUAAAAACCUGGCAGCGCCCAUCCGCCCCAUCGAAGAAAGUGACCAGGGCACAGAAGUCAUCUGGCUCACUCAGCAUGUGGAACUCAGCUUGGGCCCUCUUCUUCCUUAAAGGUUUCCACUGGUAGGCAGAUCCCCGAGGACAGUGUCUACACGAACCUGUGUUAAAAUAUCAAAGCCACUGCUCCGUUAGGCCUUGUUUAUUAACGAUGUACCCAUGCACUACUGAAUCCUAUUUUUAGGAGAGUGGGGGCAUAGGCAAGGUAUUAGGAACACAGGGAAACUGCUGUUCUUCUUGCUGUCCCUUCUGUAACACCGGUAAACGUGUGUCUCCCUCACCAAUCCCUGCAUGUUGAAUAACAGCAGCAUAGAUCCAUCCCAGGAAAGGGGACAGCUGUUCCUUGGAGUGGUGUAAGAUUUACCACCUAAGACGCUCUGACCAUAACAUCUCCCAGUUUGAUCUCACAAAGUGUCUGAAUCUCAUAUAUGAAACUUAGUGAUAACCGCUUAAAGUUAUAACCCAAAGGUGGACCUGCUCCUAAUGGUUCAGUGUUGGUCUCAAUGUACCAGCUGCUUUUUGCAUUGCAUUAAUUAUCUUCAGUCUGAACAUGUCCCCUCACUUUCCAUCUUGGCUCCCAUCUUGCCAUAAACUGCCAUUUGACCAGACCAAAAAAAAAAAAAAUAGAA